AUGAAACAUCAACUUAGUGACAACAAUAUAUUGUAUCUGUUGACGGAGUUUCGUAAAUUGGACGGUAGAAGCGCAUUUCACCGCACGUCUGUGCCGGUAAGUUUGAUUAUGAUUGCGCUACUUUACCUUAUCUUACCGUACCCAACCAUACCGUACCCUACCUUACUCUACUAUAUGACUGGAAAGGGGCGGCUUAUGUAAGGUUAACACAAUUUUUAGGGCCGUGGCUAGGGAGGAGGCGGUGGUAAAGGAAUUUGACUAGGGGGGGGGGUGUGGUGAAAUUUAUAAUUUUUUGAAUAUAGGGAGGGAGGUGGAUUCUCCGAAAAAAAAUCCACCUCUUUUCUACGUUUUAAUAUUACCAUACAUAGUAAAUCUCGUUUUAGUUAGUAUCUAAACGGUACCUUAUCAAAGUGUUUCACAAACAAUCUUAUAUGUACCGGAUUCAACAGAUAAAUCACAUAUGCAUCAGGAGUUCGCCGAAGAAUGAAAUUCAGUUUGGGGCUGAAGGUCAGGUUUACUAGCUUACGCUACUUUACCCUACCUUACCUUACUUUACCUUACUUUACCGUACCCUACUUUAGCUUACCUUACUUUACUUUACCUUACUCUAUCCUAAUUUGCUCUACCCUAACCUACUUUACCCUACUUUACUCUACCCUACCUUACCACACUCUAACCUGCCCUGUUUUGUCUUACCCUGCCGUGUAUUGUCUUGCACUUACUUUACCUUACUCUUCCUUGUCUUACUCUAUCUUUUUCUACCUUACUCAUACUCUAUUCUAUUUCGCUUUACCUUACCUACCCUAUCCUACUCUGUCUUAUUAUAACAUAUACUGACCCUACUCUACCCUACCCUACUCUGGCUUUUAUCACCCCGCUUAAAAUUUAAAAACUUUUUUUUUAAAUUAUUUUUUUCAGGUGAAGACCUACAACAACCUAUUCGACAUCAAAAACCAUUAAUUUCUUUGUUAAAAUUAAUCACAGUCACAAAGGAAAUUGAGCCAGAAGACGGUCGAAAUUCAUAUGUUGUUCCGGUCGACGGGUAUCCUUUAAAACAUGCCAGGGCUAUCAUGAAGUUACUUUUCGGUAAGGCUUUAGGUAACAAUUAUAUGACCACUAAAAAGCAAAAAAUGGCAAGUACUUUCUUUACAAAACAAAAAAUGGCAAGAACUUUCUUUACAAAACGUAAAAUAGCAAGAACUUUCUUUACAAAACAAAAAUUUGCAAAAACUUUCUUUACAUAACAGAAAAUGGCAAGAACUUUCUUUACAAUAGUUAAUAUGUUACAGAAAACCGCAUACCAGCCUAUUACAUGUCAUAUUUUGGGGAUUGUUUGGUAACGGAAGAAUUCAAUAAUUUAAUAGCGAGUGAUACUAACUACGAACCACAUAUCAUCUAUGGCACGGUAAAACAGUUGUCUUCGAUUGGAAUGGUGAAAGAUGACCCCAGGAUCUUUAAAACGGUGUAUAUCUGCGAACAUAACACUAAUGAAUGUAGGUUUCUAGUUUUUGAAUUAAUAAUACGUGUUUUAGAAGGUUUGCUUGAUUUUCAGGGUUUUCGUGGUGGGAUCUGAGUAUGAGUUUGAGCAUAAAUAUAAGUAUGAGUGUAAGUAUGUAUAUUAGUAUAAGCACUAUCAUGAGUCUGAGCAUGAGUAUAAAAAUGAACAUGAGUAUGUGCAUGAGCAUGAGAAUGAGUAAGAGUGUGAAAAUGAGUAUUUGUAUGAGUAUGAGCUUCAGUAGGAACAUUUCUACGAGUGUUAAGAUGUGUAUGAGUAUUAGUAUGAACGUGAACAUUAGUAUGAUCAUGAUGACGAUUAUGAAUAUGAAUGAGCACGAGUAUGAGUAUUAACAUGGGUAUGAGUAUGAAUAUGAUUUUGAGCGUCAGUAUGAGCAUGAGAAUGAGUAUGAGCAUCAGCAUGAGUAUGAAUAUAAGUACUAGUAUUAGAAUGACAAUAGUAUAGGAAAAUCAAUAUUCGUAAGUUUUUAUUUAGAUUUUGCUUCAUUUUCAGGGUUUUCGUGCUGGGACCUGAGUAUAUGAGUAUGAGCACAAUAUAGUAUAAAAAUUUACACAAUUUAUAAAUUUUAAAUUUAAAAAAAUUUUUUUUAGACAGCACUCCAAUAUUAAACAUAAAAACGAAAAGGCUCAACAUGUUGCUGGAAAACCUCGCCUUAUCCCAACAAUUGCCUCUGAUGUUACACUUGACUUCAUUAAGAUGUCUAGUUCGGCCGAUAUUCGUUCAGGAAAUGGAAACGGACUUCUACAGUAACUUCUUUAAAGCUUUGAAUAGUUCAGCUCCGAGUUUGAAGAGGAUCGAGUUGAGUAGCCAGUUCAGGAUCAGGGCUGAGGUAAGGGAAAUAUUAGGUCGUUUACCUAUUUCUGCGCCCUCUGUGAAGAUAAAAAUGAAUAACUUGGGCAUGGUGCAUUUCUUUUGAAGGUAAAGUUAAGUAAUUGCCGUUUUUCAGUCAUUUGAAGCCAGUAAACAAGCAGUAGUAACAUUAAUCGAAGCACUGGAAGAGGUGUUUAGUGCAGUAAAGAAGACCUUGAAUGUCAACAUUCAACACAGCAUUGAAGGCACAUUAGAAAUGGAACGAUCAGCACAGGUAAGAAAUUUAAAAGUAGGGUAGGGUGAGUAAGGUAAAGUGGGGCAGGAUAGGUAGAGUAAGGUAGGGUAGGACAAUGUAGAGAAAAGUGGGAUACGAUAAGGAAAGGGAGGGCGGGGUAGAAUAGUGUAGUGCAGUGUAAUGAGGCGGGAUAAGGCAGCGUAAUAGACUAGGGUGGGGUAAGUUGGGGCAGAGUAGGGUAGGACAAAGAAAGGUAAGGCAGGAUAUAUAUAUGUAGUAGGUUACUGAAUGAUAUGGUGAGGCACGUCAGGGCAAGACCGAAGAGGACGGGACAGGACUAGACAGCCAAGGGCACUUUUUGGGGGGGGGGGGGGGUAAGGUAGGGGAGGUGGAGUUUGCUAAGGAUACGGUAAGGAGUAGAGUAAUGUAGGGUAGUUUAGGGUAGGGAAGGGUAGGAUAGAGUAGGGUAGGGUAGGGUAGGGUAGAGUAGGGUAGGGUAGGGUAGGGUAGGGUAGGGUAGGGUAGGGUAGGGUAGGGUAGGGUAGGGUAGGGUAGGGUAGGGUAGGGUAGGGUAGGGUAGGGUAGAGUAGGGUAGAUCAACCUAACACAAAAGUCUUUAUCAUUUUUUCUUUGUUUAGUUAUCAAUGGAGGUAUCCCAUUUAAAACCCGAAGAGUAUCGCCAUGACAAUGGCAUAUUACACAACCGAAGCCAGUUUGCAGCCUUCUACAACAAGAUUAUCGCUCAAGAAGUGUAUCAAAACCGUUCUGAGUGCUGUAUGGUCAAUCAUAAGAUCUUCCUUGAUUUCAAUUUCUACCGGUUUAGGCGAGAUGAUGAUCUAAGUGGCUUUGAUCGUGAUUCAGUUUAUGGAGAUGGCUUUAAGUUGAGAUGGUUUUAA